AUGCCCACUGGUUGGAGAUUAACCGUUUCAAAAUGUUUUCUUAUUCCACAAAGAUACGUUUUGGGCCUCAUGGGCUUCUUAGCCAUCGUCAAUGCUUAUGCAAUGCGAGUAACCCUUUCAAUAGCCAUUACUGAAAUGAUAAAACCCUCAAACACUUCCAGUGACACUAAUUAUGAAGAUAUUUGCAAUGUGGGCACUAGUAAUUCAACCAACAACAACGCAGUGACUAAUCCAGAUAUCUUAUACGAUUGGGACGAAAGCACUCAAGGUAUAAUCCUCAGCGCCUUCUACUGGGGUUACCUAAUCACUCACUUGCCUGGAGGUAUUUUAGCUUCGAAAUUCGGAGGCAAGUAUACUUUGGGACUGGGUAUUUUGUCCACUGGAAUAUUAACCGCUGCAACUCCAUGGAUAGUGAUUAUUUCAAAAGGCGAUUGGAAAUGGAUAGUCGUUUUGAGGGUUGUUGAAGGACUUGGCGAGGGUACUACUUAUCCUGCUUUGAAUACCAUGUUAGCUCAAUGGGUUCCUUUAGGUGAAAGAUCUAAAAUUGGGUCUUUGGUUUAUGCUGGAGGACAAAUAGGCACUAUUAUUUGUAAUUUGGUUAGUGGCCAGCUAAUUAAAGCAACUGCUAAUUGGGCUUCAGUAUUUUAUUUAUUUGGGGGACUCGGUAUAGUUUGGUUUAUAUUUUUCCAGUUACUUUGCUAUUCGGAUCCGAAACAUCAUCCAUUUAUAAGUGAUAAAGAAAAGGAGUAUUUGGAAAAAGAAAUGAGUAGUGUUUCAGAAAAACCACCUCCAAUUCCUUGGAAAGCACUAGCAACUUCAAUUCCUCUAUGGGGUUUAAUAGCGGCUCAGAUCGGACACGAUUGGGGUUUUUACACGAUGGUCUCAGAUUUGCCCAAGUACAUGAAGCAAGUGCUCAGAUUUGACGUGUCUCAGAACGGCCUCUGGAAUUCAAUUCCUUACGCUGCCAUGUGGAUCGUUUCGAUGAGUGGAGGCUGGAUUUGCGAUUGGUUGAUUUUGAAGGAAAUUUUAAAUGUUACUGGAGCUAGGAGGUUUUUUACUUGCUUUGCUGCUAUUGGGCCAGCAAUAUUUAUAAUGGCAGCAUCUUAUGCUGAAUGCGAUACAACUUUGGCAGUCUGGAUGUUUACUGUAGCCAUGGGUUUUAUGGGCACUUUUUACUGUGGCAUGAAAGUAAAUGCUUUGGAUUUGAGUCCUAAUUUUGCUGGAAUUAUCAUGGCAAUUACCAAUGGAAUUGGAGCGGGGGCUGGAAUUAUUACGCCUUAUUUAACAGGGGCAUUAACUGGAAAUAAUACUGUCAGUGAAUGGAGAAUGGUUUUUUGGAUUUCUUUCGGCAUUUUUACUACUACUAGUGCAAUCUACAUGUUUUAUGGUAGCGGCGAGGAACAAUGGUGGAAUAAUCCAACUAGAAUUGAUAAAGACACUAAGAUCAUUAGUUUAGAGAGUGUAAAAUAUUCUGGUGAUAAUAAAAAUUUAGAGAAUUUGGAUGAUCCCAAAAGAUGA